GAAUAGUCUGCGCAGCUCUGCAUGAAGUCGACCACCGUUCAAACCUGAUUUUUUACACGCUCGCAAGUGACUCCCCUGACUCCGCCCACUUCCACAGACCGUAAGAUGCUGAAGUGAAAACUUUGAGCAGGACACGCGCUUGAUUUUAUAUUACAUUUGGGUAACAGCGAAUUGGACAACGCGAAAUAUUAUUUUUAUUAUGGUGUGAAACCAGUAGCAUCUACCGCUUUAUAACAUUCAUCGCCGGGCAUCGUUUAAAGGUGGAGGUCUGAAACUGCUCAGUUGCGCACAAGUUCAAGAUCAUCUGAAAGAAAGGGCAGGGCGUGAGGGGUGACAGGAUGGCAGAGGGCGAUGAAUGCUCGGGCGGGGAGUGGAAGGAGAAGUACAUGGCCCUGGAGACCCUGCUUUUUAAGUUUCGUGGACAGAUGAGCGUGAUACGAGAGCUCACGGCGGAGAAGAUGCAGCAGUUGGAGACGCAGGUUUUGGAAGCAGAACGUCGUGCAUAUGAAGCCAACCAGCAGGUGCAAUGGAUGGAAGAGCGUCUAAAGGCAUCAGAUGUCCCAUCAGCUGAUUCAGAGCUUCGGCUCUUCAGACGUUGUCAAAGCCUUCAAGCAUCAUUACAGGAGAAAGAUGAGCUCAUCACCAGCCUGGAGCAACAGCUGGAGGAACAGAAACUGAACCGAAUCCAAGAUGCCAAGACAGUGGAGGAAAAAGCAGCCAAGAUCAAAGAAUGGGUGAUGAAGAAGCUGAAUGAGUUUGAUGUGGAGAAUGCCUCUCUGAGAGAGAUCAACCAACAACACGAGUCUGAGAUACAAGACCUGAAAAGACAAGUGCAAGCCAUGACACCUUUGUGUUCUGGUGGCCCAGUCCAGCCCAAUGGAGGUGAAGCGCAGCGACUCAGCAGUCUGACAUUUGGCUGUUUCCAGAUCAGAGGAAAGAACCCUCAGGUACUAGCAGGCCCAGAACCGUCCCAGAAAAGCAUCGGUACCCUGCCGGAUCAAGACCACACACGCAGAAGACCCUCUACCGAUUGUGAUCCAGAAGCAGAUCACCAGAAACAAGGGUCUGGGGAAGAAGGUGAACAUGACAACGUCGGGGGAACAACAUCUUCCGGCCUUUCUACCUCAGAAGGAGACAGUUGUCUGUUUGGAGGUUCACGUUUAAACCGCCCCACCAGCGAGACCUACCUCACCUCUGAUGACAGCAGCUCGCUGUUCGACGAUGACAUGCAGCAUGCCGACCUCUCCAAUCUCUUCCUACUGGGGACCAAAAACUCUAGGAGUAAAGGUGGAAAAAAGACGGACGUUGAAGACGGGUCAUCAGAUGACUUAAAUAAGCGCUUCCAGUCGCAAUGUCUGGAUUCCUCAUCUUCCUCCAGUGACACAAACACCCCUAGUCCUAUCCUAACCCCAGCUCUCACCCCAAAGCGUCCCACCCCUUCCCAAGAUUCCCAAGACACACCCGCCUCUCCCAAACAGCCCCGUCUGCGCACUCCCACCGCGUUUAAUAUUAGUUUGGCAUUAGCCAAGAAGCACCUGAGCCAACCUUUGCUGUACAGCGAGGCCGAGCACGGGCGGACACGUAACGCCAUCAGCAUGCUACGUCCUCUCCGACCUCACGAGACAGACAUGGAUCAAGAGCAAAGGAUGGAGACAUGUGAACGAGAGCAUCCCGAGGCAGAACCACCGGCUGAAGUACCGCCCGAAGAACCCGAAACACCCGAAGCCUGCGCAGUCGUGCCCGGGAGCAAACCACCAACCCCUCCUCUGCACAGGUUGCCCUCUUGGGAGAGCAGAAUAUAUGCUGUGGCAAAAUCUGGAAUUCGUCUAUCAGAGAUGUCAUGCACAGAUGUUUCUAAUAAAGACUCCUCCCACUCAUCAUCUUGCCCCGCCUACAUGCUGUACACGUCCCUCAUCUACAGGAACACCACCUCGCCUGUCUUCACCACAGUUAAAGGGAGGGCGACAUUGUUAAGCCCUAAUGAGAUCCCAGAGGAGUCUUCCAGUUCGGAGGAGGAGGAAGAGGAGUGUCAGUGUAACUCUGGAGAGGAGUCGGUGUCUGUGUGCAGCUCCAACACCUCUGGAUCAGACCCACAUAAGAGCAGCAGUCACGAAAGCCCACGAUCUUUGAAGAGAGCCGUGUCAUUGUCUUCAAUGACAUCCGAAUGCGACUAUGCCAUCCCUCCCGAUGCCUACUCCACUGACACUGAGUGUUCAGAGCCGGAGAAUAAACUGCCCAAGACCUCCUCCAGCAGCAGUGACAAUGACAAGACUGAGUCAAUGGAGAAGUCUGGAUACCUGCUGAAGAUGGUAAAGACCUGGAAGAAAACAUGGAAAAGACGCUGGUUCGUUUUGAAAGACGGGGAGCUGUUAUAUUACAAGUCACCAAGUAAUGUCAUCCGUAAGCCUCAAGGCCAGAUUGAGCUCAACACUUCAAGCACUAUAGCACGUGGUGAUGGGAAACAGAUACUUCAGGUAGUGACAGGUAAAAGUGUACACUAUCUGAAGGCCGAUUCACCAAACCUGCUGGAGGAAUGGCUGAGAGUCCUGCAGAGUGUAUUGAGAAUUAAAGCUGCCAGUCCUCUCUUCACACAUCCUGAUGCACGGCCAGUCAUGAAAGGACACCUGACGAAGGUGAAGUAUGGAUACUCGAAGCAUGUAUGGUGUGCACUCUUUGGAAAAUCGCUGUACUACUUUAGGAGUCAAGAGGAUAAGUUUCCUCUAGGUCAGAUCAAACUUUGGGAGGCUGUUGUGGAAGAAGUGGAUAAGUCGUGUGAAUCAGAUAAAGUCUCGGCUCAGUACACCCUGUCUAUUCAACCAAUGAAUCAGAGUCCAACAUAUCUGCUCAUCGACUCACCUCAUGAGAAGACGGCCUGGUUGUACCACCUGUCUUUGGCAGCGGGCACUUCUGUGGGGCAGGUGGGCACUGAGUUCGAGCAGCUGGUUGGUAAACUCCUCAACGUGGAUGGAGAUCCAGGGUCUCAGUACUGGAGACACCCAACACUGUGUUUCACUAAGGAAGGUCUGUCAUCUCCACUCACCACCCUCCCAUCCCAGGCUCUUCAAACUGAAGCUAGAAAGCUCUUUAAGACAUGUCAGCUCUUCAUUAAUGUCGCCAUUGACACUCCAGCCAUAGAUUAUCAUGUGACUCUUGCCCAAUGUGCUCUACAAGUGUGUCUGACCCAUCCGGAGCUGCAGACUGAAAUAUACUGUCAGCUUAUUAAACAAACUCGCAGGAGACAACCGCACGGACAGCCAGGACCACUACAGGGGUGGCAGUUUCUGUCUCUGUGCGUCGGUCUCUUUCUGCCCACACAUCCCAUUCUUUGGCUUCUGCAGCUGCAUCUUAAGCAGCAUGGAGAUAUGAGGACAGAAAUGGGAAAGUAUGCCAUCUAUUGCCAGCGUUCGCUGGAACGGACGCAGCAGAAAGGUGAACGGCAAGCUCGUUCGUCACGUAUGGAGAUCCUGUCCAUCCUUCUGAGGAACCCUUAUCAUCACUCUCUACCCUUCAGCGUGCCCGUGCACUUCCUUAACAACACAUACCAGGUUGUUGGUUUUGAUGCUUCAACUACAGUGGAGGAAUUUCAGAGCCGUCUGAACCAGGAGACGGGCGUGAGAAAGACUGGCCACUCUGGCUUUAGUCUUUAUUCGGACGACCCCACUGGCAGAGACUUUGAACACUGUCUUCAGGGAAACCUGAAGAUUUGUGACAUUAUUGCAAAGUGGGAGCAGGCGGCUAAGGAGCAUCACGCAGGCAAAUCUGAGAACAGCAGGACGAUCAAACUCACAUAUAAGAACAGGUUAUAUUUCUCGCAGCAGAUGAGAGGAGAGACUGAGAGAGAGCGUUUCCUGCUGGCUUACCAGACAAAUGAAGAAAUAACAGCAGGUCAUUUCCCUGUAAACAAAGAGCUUGCUUUAGAGAUGGCCGCUCUGCUUGCACAGGUGGAGUUUGGGGACUUUGAACGUCCAUUUUCUAGUCCGGGUGGUUCGGGAACCGGACAGACUAAGUCUAAGCAAACCCUGAAGCAAGUUUUUGAGCGCUUCUUCCCAAAGCAUUAUAGACACGCCUGUACUGAAGAGCAGAUGGGGCAUUUAAUGCAGAGGCUGUCCACCCGCUGGGCAUCUCUGAGGGGUCGAAGUUCCUCUGAGUGCAUACGAAUCUACCUGACCGUAGCUCGGAAGUGGGCAUUGUUUGGAGCGAAACUAUUUGAGGCUGAGCCUGUUUCUCCAGUUCUGCAACACAACACGCGUGUUUGGCUGGCAGUACAUGAAAAUGGAGUUAGCGUACUGGAGUUCAACUCAAUAAAAGUUCUAGCAUCUUACCCUCAUAAAAACAUUGUGACGUUUGGAGCGUCCGCUCAGGACUUCAUGCUGGUAGUAGCUCUGGGAUCUGGGACAUCCAAAGACAAGCCCACAGAGAAACAUUUGUUUGCUAUGGACACCUCUAAGCUUCGAGACCUGUCACUGCUCAUAGCCAGCUAUGUUAACAGCGCCCAACAGCAAAAAUCGGCAGCCCACCAUCUAUCUGCUCCAGCCUUGAUGCUCGCCCAGUCUGGAGAGCUGAAGAGCAAAGAAUCAAGAAGCAAAUCUCCACCAGCGGCCGGCAGACCCAGCAAAGCCCCCACCUUGCUUUAAUACACACACACUGGUGGAGUUUUGGUGUUCACACGGCUUUGUCUCCAUCGGUGCCGGGUGCAGUAGUACUGUAAGUACACUGCCCGGGGGUUCAGACAUUUUUGGGGUUCUCCCAGUCUUUGGAUGUUGGCCUCCUAGAAAUUCCCACAAUGCACUCCAAAGAUCAGUGUAGGGCUGGGCGAUACUGACCAAAAUUCAUAUAUUGGUCAUUUGGGGUUUGAAUGACGAUACGAUAAAUAUCUGCGCUUUCUAUAAGGUGGAAUAAACGUCUACAUGCAAGUCGAAGCUUCAUGUGAGAUAUUAUAAUCAUUUUUUAUUAAAAGACAGGUUUUUUCCCCUGUUUGGAAAUAUAUACAACAUGUGAGGUGCUUGUGUCUGACAUCAGUAUACAUUUCUGCCAGAGCUUCUGUUGCAAAUGAGGGUCAUAUUAGACCAUAUCGAUAUAGACAGUAUUGU